AAGCAGCUUGGCGAGCGGCGAGGCGGAGGCGGCGGUUGGAGGCGCUCGCGGAGAUCUGCCAGGAUGUCUGGCCACAGCUGGAGCCAGAAGACGAAAGCAAGGAAGGAGGAAGAGGAGGAGGAGGAGGAGGAAGAGGCAGACCCUUUUGACCAGAUGAUCCAGCACACGGGUUGCGCCGCUUUCCAUUACGCCGUGAUGGAGUGCAUGGCGGAGCACCAGGACUGGCGCAAGUGCCAGGAGCCGGUGCAGAGUUUUCGGACCUGCAUGGCGGAACACCAGAAGCGGCGAGCGGAAGAGAUGCGGGAGAGGCAGGAGCGGCACCAGGCCGCCAGCUGACCAGUCGGUCUGCUAGACACCCAAGGCCGCAGAACAAUCCGGGCACGGCAGGGCUGGCGCUGGACGGAGCCGUCACGGAUUCGGAAAUUUGGAAAAAGCUCGUGGUUU